UCAUUUUCUUUCUCUCUUUAUCUAUAUAAAGACAUGGAUACAUAUCAACCCAUGCAGUAUCACAAACAAGAGAAGAAGAAACAUAAUAAGCACUGUUCCAUUGAUGGCAGCUAAUUUGGUCACCACCAACCACCUCCCUCUCCUUUCAACCUCCACCACCAAAACCAUUCUCCAGCCCCGGUCCAGACUCCAUGCCACCACCGAGACACCGAUCCAACAACGCCGAAGACCUAGCUUUAUGAUCAAUAUCCCCAACAUUAUCUCUAACCUCUUACACAUGGGCACGGCCGGAAACCCUUUUCAGGAGAACCACUUCAUCCAAGACAGCUAUAAUCGGACCACACCCGCUGCAUCUCCAAAAGAAAACAUAUCAUCUUUGCAAGAUGAACUCCAUGGCAAGUCCAACUGGUCCAACUUACUCAACCCAGUACUCCACCCUUGGCUCCGUCGUGAACUCAUCAAGUACGGUGACUUUGCCCAAGCUACCUACGAUGGCUUCGACUACAACCCGCUCUCUGAGUACCAUGGCAGCGCUCUAUACAACAAAAACCGUCUCUUUGAAAAGCUUGGUUUAACCAGCAGUGGCUACAACAUCACCAAAUACAUCUACGCCAUGUCCAACAUUGAGCUUCCUCGAUGGAUAGAACACUCUCUCCAUGCAAACACAUGGAGCAAAGACUCAAAUUGGAUGGGCUUCGUAGCAGUGAGCGAUGACACUGAGUCUCGCCGUAUUGGUUGCCGUGACAUAGUUGUGGCAUGGCGUGGCACCGUCGCAACAACCGAAUGGUUUGAGAACGCACACUUGAAACUAGAAUCUAUAAAAGAUGUUGAUGAAGAAGAUCAAGGAGAUGCCAAGGUUGAGCAUGGAUUCCUCAGCAUCUACAAAUCCAAGAGUGUGACCACGAGGUAUAACAAGUCCAGUGCUUCAGAGCAGGUAAUUACCGAAAUCCAAAGGCUUGUAGCUCAUUACCGAAGUAAAGGUGAACAAGUGAGGCUCACUGUCACCGGCCACAGCCUCGGUGGAGCGCUAGCACUUCUCAACGCCCACGAAGCUGCUUCAACCAUUGCCGAUCUUCCAGUGAGUGUCAUCACCUUCGCAGGGCCUCGUGUCGGUAAUGACGCAUUCGGCGACCAGUUGAGAAAUUUGAACGUGAAGGUAUUACGAGUGGUAGUCAAGCAAGAUGUGGUUCCCAAGUUACCGGGAGUUUUACUAAAUGAAAGGCUUGAGAAGUUGGAAGGCAUCAUUGGAGAGCUUCAAUGGGUGUACGAGCAUGUGGGAAUGGAGCUGAGACUGGAUGUGAAAUCAUCACCUUAUCUAAAACAUCAUGGGUUUGAUUUGGCUGGGUUUCAUGGGUUGGAGACGUACUUGCAUCUUGUUGAUGGUUAUGUGAGUGAGGAAGAUGAGUACAGGAGGAAUGCUAGGAGAGAUGUUGCAUUGGUGAAUAAGUAUGGGGGGAUGUUGCUUGAGGAGUUGAGGGUGCCGGAAUCAUGGUAUCAGCUAGAAAAUAAGGGGAUGGUGCGCAAUGCUUAUGGCCGGUGGGUGAUGCCGGACAGAGAGCCGGAGGAUAUACCCUCGCCGUUCAGGGAUUGCAGACCCUUGGCUAUACAUGAAAGCUUGUAAGUCGAGGAUGGAAGUUUGGGUGGUUGAAACAUGAAUUUAUUAUGUUAUUAUAUAAAUUUUUUUUAUU